UUGGGCAUUACUGUGCUCAACCCAAUUAGCCCAUUUUCCAGCAAGGCUGCGACUCAAGCCGUAUACCUCUCGAAACGUGAAGUAAACAGUGGUUCAGGCUCAUUUGAACUGAUCUCAUCUCAUUCUCUUCUACUGAACCAUCGAGAAAAAAAAAAUAAAAACAAACCCGGCUCUAGAAACCAGAAUUUCCCGCCCUUAACAAAACUAGUGUCCUCCAUCCACAUUCCACACGCAUUUCUUCUCUGUCAUUCCACCUUUACAUAUAAUAUACAUAUAUAUAUUUGAGGAGAAUUUUCUGGUUCGCUGAAAUGGAAAGUAAGUAAGCACUAGAAAAAAUGGAAGCUGAGCGAAGAAGAGCCAGAGUUCGAAAGGCACUCUCUGAUUGCUCCAACACCAACGCCAACGCCAACGCCACCACACCAUCUUCUCAGUCUUCCUCUCUACGUCUCAAGCCCCAGAAGCACCUCUUAUCCUCUUCUAUUAAGAAGUUCCUUACCAACAACGACGGCAAGUCCGCCAACAGCACCGACGUUUCACAGAAUGUCUCUCUUCUCCCACCUUCGGUUGCUUCCCCUUUAUUGCGGACUCCCAUGUUGUCUUCUGCUUCCGAUAGAGGUAAUUCCGAGGCUCUCGAGCCAUGUUCGGUUAACACUCGUAGACAGACCAUUGAGAAAAGGAAGAGGAAAAGACCCCCAACUGAGGUUGAGGACGUUAUAAUAGCAGAGAAAAGGAGGAACCGAGGAAAGGAAAAUGUUGACCCCAAUACUUGCACUCCUGCAACAAAGAAGAUUGACGUCACUCAAUCUACAGUCCAAAAGGAGAACAUAUCAAAAUCAGAGAAUCUUUUCCCACCUCCGAUUGCAUCUGAGGCUCUUGAGCCAUGUUCAGUUAAUAGUCGUAGACAGAUUACUGAGAAAAGGAAGAGUGAAAUACCCCCAACUGAGGAGCUUUCUGAGGACGUUAUAAUAGCAGAGAAAAGGAGGAACAAAGGAAAGGAAAAAGUUGAUCCCAAUCCUUGCACUCCUGCAACAAAGAAGAUUGACUUCACUCAAUCUACAGUCCAAAAGGUGAACAUAUCAGAAUCAGAGUAUCUUCUCCCACCUCCCAUUGUAUGUGAGGCUCUUGAGCCAUGUUCAGUUAAUAGUGGUAGACAGAUUACUGAGAUAAGGAAGAGUGAAAUACCCCCAACUGAGGAGCUUUUUGAGGACGUUAUAAUAGCAGAGAAAAGGAGGAACAAAGGAAAGGAAAAAGUUGAUCCCAAUCCUUGCACUCCUGCAACAAAGAAGAUUGAUGUCACUCAAUCCACAGCCCAAAAGGAGAACACAUUAGAAUCAGUCUAUCUUCUCCCACCUCCGAUUGUUUCCUCUCCAUCGCAGCCUAGGUCAUUGUCUGUUUCAGGUAGACAUGGUUUUGAACCUUUCGAGCCAUGUUACAGUCGUAGGCGGACUGCAGAGAAAAGGAAAAGUACAACAGAGGCAAGCGAUGGACUUUUGAAAGAUACGUUAAUAGCACAUAAACGCACGAGCAAAAGAAAGGCCAUUGCUGAGCCUGUAAGUUGUCCUGCAACAAAGAUCCGGAAGAUUGGGGAGAAUGUAAAGGAAGCUGGUGGUAAUAAUUUAUCGAAGGCAAACACAGUUCCAACUAAAAAGGGUCAGAAAGAUGCUGCCAAGCAUGCCUUGUCACAAGAAUUUAUAGAGCAGCAGAGAGCUAACUUUGCAGAAAUUGAUGCAUUUGAACUACCAGAGGCAAGUGAUGAACUUUUGAAUGACACGUUAAUAGGACAUAAACGCAAGAGCAAAGGAAAGGCCAUUGCUGAGCCUGUGAGCUGUCCUCCUGCAACAAAGAACCAGAAGACUGGGGAGAACAUAAAGGAAACUGGAGGUGAUAGUCUAUCGAAGGAAAACACAGACCCAACUAAAAAGGGUGCCAAGCAUGCCUUAUCACAAGAAUUUAUCGAGCAGCAGAGAGCUUACUUUGCAGAAAUUGAUGCAUUUGAACUACCAGAGGAAGAGGUUGAUUCUAUUUCAGAGUAGGACUAACAGCAAGAGUUAUAUAGUUUUACCAUUUUAGACUAAGAAUAAGCAACAUAGCCUUUCUGUAUAGUUAACGAAGGUAUGCGCUUAAAUGUUCUGGCCAGGUUUACAUUUCCUAUUAACAACAGCUCAGCACAUUAGAUCCUUCUUGCAGAUAAAGUUAGUUUUAGUAUAGCCACAGUAUUUGGAUUUUUUUUCCGCUGUGUUCUAUCACACAAAAUCAUGUUCUUGCAUUUGUGAAUCACUGAUUUAAUCUCAUUAUACAUGGAUCCAAUCACAACUCGUCUUUAGUCUCCUCCA